AUGUGUGAAAGCGUUUCAAAAGAGCACUGUUUGUACACUUCACCGAUUAGAGCUGGAGUCUGUUUUCAGCAACUUUUUGACAAACACUAUGGAUUUCGCAGAGUGGAUUUAACGUUGGGAAGAAAAGUACACUGGCAUUUUAAACAGGUGCUGAAGUGGCGGUUAAUCGAUUGGGCUCAUUUUUGGAUGGGGCGGAUACCAGUCCUGAAGUGGUUCCCGUCGUACAGCUGGAAGAAGGACUUGAGAGCGGACAUAAUUGGCGGAAUGAUGCUUUCUAUAAUGGCUCUUCCUCAAGGACUGGCAUACGGCUAUCUUGUUGGAGUACCGCCCAUAUACGGUCUGAUAACUGCAAUCUUUGGGCCAGUCUUUUACGCAAUAUUUGGGACUUCGCGUCACACAUCACCAGGCUGCUUCGCGAUUGCUGCACUCAUGGUUGGUGGUGUUGUUGAGCAGUUUGGCAGCAAGCCUCCGCAAGCUCAGUCCAAUAAUACAGCACCGUCAAGAGUGUGCUGUCAGACUUCAGCAUCAGCAGUUCCUCCAGAUGAAGCGGUGGGUGUUGCCUCCUCGGUGACGCUUCUCGCUGGCCUUUGGCAGAUAUUCUUCGGCCUCCUCAAUGCCGGACUUCUGGCAGUGUGGCUUUCCGAUCAUUUAGUUCAAGGUCUAACCUCCGGCGCUGCAAUUCACGUAUUCACUUCACAGUUGAAGUCGAUGACAGGAGUAGAUGGAGUUCCACCAACCAGCGAAGCAUUCGGCCUAAUAAAGGUCGAGUCGGGUAUUCCUGCGCCUCGCGUACCACCCCUCGAUCGAGUUGAUGAACUUGUUUGGCAAGCUUUGAGUAUUGCCAUAAUCUCGUUUGUCAUUCAUAUAGCUCUUGCAAAACUGAUCUCCAAAAAACUCAAUUAUGAAAUUGAUGCUAAUCAGGAAUGGUUCGCCUUGGGAUCUAUGAAUUCGAUAGCGUCAUUUUUCGGUUGUUUCGCAGGCGGUUCCUCUCUAGGAAGGACUAUGAUGCAGGUUAAACUCGGCACAAGAAGCCAGAUGUCGACAGUGGUAUGUUGUACGAUAAUGAUCGGUUUUGUCUAUGGCGCUGCUUCAUUUAUUUAUCAUCUGCCAAAGAUGAUCUUCUUGGUAACGUUAGUAGCUGUAAUUCUGAUCAAUGUCAAUAUGGGACUCAUUAUCGGAAUAGCAUUCGCUUUGCUAUCUGUCGUCUUUCGCACACAGUGGGCUGACAGUACUUGCAUGGGACGAAUACCUGGCACCUCCGACUUCAAAGGUCUCGGCCAUUAUCGUAGUGCAGAGGAAAUUCCAGGAAUUAAAGUCUUCCGAUUCGAUGCUCCCCUUUACUUUGCCAAUGCGGAACUAUUCAUUCUGAGCGUUCACAAUGCAUGCGGAUUGAACCCUGUUCUC